CGAGCCAAUUCCAUCCAAGUCAGCUUACAGCUAUUGUUUUAGUUGCAAGGUUGAUUAGUUUAAGGUGCGUUGAAACUCUGUUAGCCUAUUCUAUCCUUAGAGAAGAUGGAAGAAUUCGACGAGGAAAGAACGUGGGAGGAAGGCGACGCCGAUUCACCCCUGGGCGAGGACCAGGAAGCCCUCGUGGAAGGAAUCCAACAGGAGUGCAUCGAAAAGUUCAGCAGCCUGGACUUCAUCAUGGAGCCCGGCAUAUUCGUGCAGCUCAAGCGCUACUUCCAGGCUGGUGGCAAUCCGGAGCAAGUCGUGGACCUGCUGCUCGAGAACUACCAGGCGGUCGCACAGACGGCGAACCUCCUGGCCGAAUGGCUCAUCAUGGCAGGGAUGAAGAUAACCGAGGUUCAAGGACUGGUGGAGGACCACCUGAAGCAGAUGAUCCUGAAGCACUUCGACCCGAAGAAGGCCGACUCCAUCUUCAACGAUGAGGGUGAGACGCCCGCUUGGCUGACGGAGAUGAUUGAGCACCCCACGUGGCGCUCACUUAUCUACAAGCUGGCUGAGGAGUACCCUGACUGCCUCAUGCUUAACUUCACCAUCAAGCUCAUCUCGGAUGCGGGAUUUCAGGCAGAAAUCACGUCCAUCUCGACAGCCUCACAGCAGCUGGAGGUGUUCUCGCGCGUGCUCCGAGCUGCCACGGACAACUUCCUCGAAGGCGGCGAGGAGCGCAUGAGCCAGAACCUGUCCGAGCUGACCCGCAUGGUCUGCCACGGGGAGCACACCUACCUCUACAGUCAGUCCGUGCUGCACACACUUGCACAGGAGCCCCGUGGUGGUUCAAACGUCAAGCGGCUGGCGCAAGAGAUCAGCCGGUAUGCGCAGCGCACGGGCCACGACCCGACCCCCAUCACUAUGGCGCUGAACGGUGCGGCGGCCUACCCACGUGCCUGCCAGGCCCUGUCGGCAAUGCUGUCGCGCGAUGCACUGAACCCAGCCGACGUGACGGUGCUGCACAAGAUGUACCAGACGCCCGACCCGCCACCCGUCGAGCUGCUGCGCGAGCCCCACUUCCUGGACCUUUUGCUAGACGCCCUGUUCCGGCCAGGUUCGCGGCUCAAUCCAGAGCAUAGGCCCAAGUAUGUGUACCUGCUCGCUUACGCGGGCAGCGUGUACGAGACGCGCCGCAAGGGUGUUCGCAAGUCCCUGAACAGGGAUGAGCUGCGUGCCACGCAGCAGGCAGUGGAGAAAGUGCACAUGCUGUGCCAGGAGCGCCGUGGCUCAUCAGAACUGGUGCCCGAGCUCGGGGCACUGUUCCAGGCGAUGCGGUACCCCGUGGUGGCACUCGGGGUGGUGCACUGGGUGGAGCACACUGUAUCCGACCCUUCCUACUUCAAGCUGAGCACUGAGCACACGCCGCUGCACCUAGCAUUGCUCGAUGAAGUGGUUGUCUGCCACACCACCCUGCACCAGAAGGUGCUGGACCUUCUGGUGCGACUUUUCGAGUCCCCACCGCACGAAGAGCUCGACGUGCUGGUUCAGCUGGAGCGACGUAAGAUGCUCCUGGACCGAAUGGUGCACUUGCUGAGUCGAGGGUGCGUCGUGCCAGUCGUCAGCUACGUCCGGGCCUGCUGGGAGCGGCAGGACACCGACGUGUCCCUCAUUCGCUACUUCGUCACCGAGGUUCUUGAUGUCAUCGCACCCCCGUACACGCCCGAGUUCGUCCAGCUGUUUCUUCCCUUGGCCGAAAGCGAGGAAAUUACGGGUGGGCUGCGCAAUGCAGCUGCGAUCGCAGAAAGUAGCGGGGCUUCGGGCGCUGGGGGUGGCACCGGUGAGGGAGACGCAGUCUCCGAGUUUGUGGUGCACUGCAAGGCAAACUACAUUGUCAUGAGCUGAGCAGUACUAUUCUUCUGUGCUGGCACCUUCCACAUAGGCUCGUGUAAGGGUCGCACCUUUUUCUUUUUUCCUUUUGCAACUUCGGCGAGGUUUGGCGCCUAACACAGAACCAGGCUAUUUGGACAAAUAUUUUUAACUGUGAGUGAAAUCAACCGUAAUCCUUCACAGUCUCCUGCGCCGCAAUAGAAAAGGUACAAAUUAUUCAUUAAUUCAUGGAAGACACACAAUUGGCUAUUAUCCUCUGAGUCAAGCCAUGUCUCAUGUCGCUUAUGGCAUUCGGGGCACUUACGUGCUUGCAUCAUCUACACGAGUCUACACAGUAUUUUUCUUUCAAGGAUGAGGUGAGGGCUUUUCCGCAAUGUCUCACUCCCUGAAAAGUCGCAGUGUUUCACUCCCAAUAGGUUGUUGGAGUAACGUUUGUACACGUACCGCUUGCAGAAUCAUCCUGCCCAAAUAAUAGAGUGCUUGUAACCUGUCAAAACUACAUUUAACAAGCGAGUGCACGAUCAGAAAUUGUUUUUUCACGCAUUCUUCUGCAUCUUGGUUCUUGGUACUAGUACGGAUGUUUGUUAUAAAUUUCGAUGCAGUGUUUAGGAUCUUGUUGAUUUGCUAAAGACCCAAACUUUAAGCACACAUUUCAAGGCGUGUUCCUGUAUAGCAUAGCUUAUGCCAGCAAGCUCUCUAUUUGACAGCCCUGGCUGUUUUAUGUGAUGACUGCAAUGAGGCAAGCAUUGCAGUGUUGUAAAUAGCCCUCCUCCAUAAAGGGAUCGAGGCAUCAUUUAUUUGUUCUGUUUUAUUUUCACUACCUUCGGAUCAGGUUUAUGAAUGUUUCCUUCUUUUAGGCUUUUCAGGUAACACAUCCGAGAGCCCUUGUGAUGUAGUUUCAAUACAAUUGAGUGAUCUCUUUUUGAAGGUGUGCUGUGCAGGAAAGUUCUACAAGAGUUAUGUGUGGCUGCCCUUGCGUGGUUAGCAUCAAGUGUCCGUGAGAACAACGGUUACGACAGCCCGCAUUGCAAAAUGCAGUGUAGCGUGAAACAGUACUGGCUAUUCGUGUUCGCCGGUGUGUUGUAGUGAGUGGGGGGGGGGGGGGGGGGGGCAGGUUCUCUUAGCUCAGUCAUCUGUCUACUUCAUACCCUGUCUACCGCUGACAAAGGUCUGGGGGGAAACGAAAUACAGUUAAACCUACUUAUAACGAACAUUCAUGUAACGAAUUCCUCGAUAUAACCAACUAUUUUUUUAUUCCCCGCCGUCGCUCCAAUGCAGCACAUGUAUUUGCGACCUCUAUGUAACAAAGUAACAGUGGGAGACAACCUUGGUAUAACGAAUUUUUUCCACAGACAAUCAAAAAAUUUCGCUCAGCAUUUUGGUAUUUUAGUACGAGCAUGCAUUUUCCACGACUGCCCCGCCGCCGACGAAGCGCGAAGCUUCCAAGGGUGCAUGGUCCAAUCAUGCUAUCAUAAGAGGCUUAAUUGAGGAAGCCGAGGCCCUUAAAAUGCUUUCCACUGUGAUUAGGGUCAUGUCUUAUAAAUCGAGCAAACAUCUCGUGCCACUCAUCAUGACGGAGCACGCAACGCAUUAAAUGAUAUCUUGUAGCUGUCGCUUAGAUGGUUUGGGGCUAAGCUCACUGUCCGGGUUCUGCGUGGUGUUGCCUCCAGGCUGUGGUGUAAACCCGGGGGGUGGCACAGCAGGCCCAUGCCCCCCCCCCCUUCCUUGAAAUUUUUUUCGCCAUAGGAUACAGUGAAAAAUUACCAUUUCAAGUCCCAAAAUCAAGGAGAUGCCCCCGCCACCCCCACCCCCCUCCAUAAAAGAAUUUCUGCCUAAGCCUCUCUCUGCAAGCAGCAAAGUAUUAUUGAAAAAGUUUUGCAACCUACUUUGUUAUUUUUGUCAAUAAGUUUUACCUGUCUUGUUGGUGCAAUUUUGCUCAUUGAAGUGGAAAACAAGUGCCUCCUCAUGUUUUUAUCUUUUGUUCUUAAAUAUUAAGCAUUUUUGGGUGUUGUAGUUCAAAUACCCAACUUCUAUCUGGGCUGCUGUUUUCUCACGAGACGUUGAGUGUAUUUGCUUGCCUUUGCCCUGCAGUGGGCGUAGUCAGGCUGAUGAUGAUGAAUGUUCGGUGUGCCCUUAUGUUUCACAUGUUGUAUCACUUCAGUACACAUCUCUGUAUUGGCACUGGCUCCACAAAUACCUGUAUGCUCAUGUUUUUAUCAUUUCACAGCUGAUGUGAGUUCUGUCCCAGAAGCAAGGGGACAUUGGCCAUAGACGUUAUCCAUGGCAAUUUGUCACGGUGUUUUACUACCUGGGCUUCCUCUUGGUGGAACGACGAUUGUACAGAUUUUUUUCCUCACUGUCACACCAUGACUUUCUUUUGCACAUACUAGUGCCAUGAUUCAGUGUCUGUCACGAGCAUUGGUGGGAACGUGGUUGCUGUACAAAGGUCAUUGUAAAUAAAGUUUCAUCUCAGAGCUGC